GACAUCAUCCCCGGUGCCGCCUGCAGGCUCACGCCGACACAACCGCGUCCGUCUCCGUGCAGCUGCGCAGUUAAUAUCGGUAACCGAAGGUGACUGACUGUGCAGCAAUUUUCAAACUGGUCUUCUGCAGAAGCAUCUUAAAAGAUUUCAAACGCGAUUAUGGCGUCAAAUGAUUAUGCCCAAACCUCAGGCCAUGGUUACGGUGGUUAUGGAGGACAGUCCAACCAGAGUUAUGGUCAACCCUCCGGCCAAACCUACAGCCAGCAGAGCUAUGGCGGAUACAACCAAAACCCAGAGAGCAGCUCUUCUCAGGGUGGAUAUAGUUCCAGCUAUGGACAGUCCCAGUCAGGAGGAUAUGGGUCUCAGCCCCCCUCUCAGGGCUAUAAUCAGUCCAGUCAGUCCUACAGCUCUGGAGGCUACAGUACCAGCAGCCAGCCUCCUCCAGCUCAAAGUGCAGGCUACAACCAGCAGUCCUCUUAUUCGGGCUAUAACCAGCAUCAGUCUGCUCCUCCAUCUGCCUCUAGCUAUGGCAGCAGCUCGCAGUCAUCUGGCUACGGUCAGCAGCAGCAGGAGGGUGGGGGUGGAUAUGGUGCCAGUGGGGGUCAGUCUGGAGGAUACGGGGGCAGUGGAGGACCAAGUGGUGGAUACGGGGGUAGUGGGGGGCAGCAGCAGUCCUCUCAGCAUGGAGGAGGGCCUUACAACCAAUCUCCCAACUACAGCUCUCCUCCACCUCAAAACUAUGGGACACAAACUCAGUACGGACAGGGAGGCUACGGCCAGGAUUCCCCACCAAUGAGUGGAGGAGGAGGCGGCUAUGGUGGCCAGGAGGGUGGAUAUAGCCAGGAUGGUCGAGGUGGACGUGGUCGCGGAGGUGGAGGUGGCUUUGGAGGUCGAGGAGCGGGUGGGUUUGACAGAGGUGGCCGUGGAGGACCCCGUGGCAGAGGAGGAAUGGGAAUGGGUGAUCGUGGAGGAUUCAAUAAGUUUGGUGGGCCCAGGGAUCAUGGAGCUGGUGGGCCCAAUAUGCAGGAGCAGGAUAACUCUGACAACAACACCAUCUUUGUACAAGGUCUUGGAGACGACUACACCGUGGAGUCCGUAGCAGAUUUCUUCAAACAGAUCGGCAUCAUCAAGGUCAAUAAGAAAACCGGAUUACCCAUGAUAAAUCUGUACACAGACCGAGAGACAGGGAAGCUUAAAGGGGAGGCCACGGUUUCCUUUGAUGACCCUCCUUCUGCUAAAGCAGCCAUUGAUUGGUUUGAUGGUAAGGAUUUUAGUGGAAAUCCUAUCAAGGUGUCCUUCGCUACCCGCAGAGCUGAAUUUGGACGCGGCGGCGGCGGCAGCAUGAGAGGGGGUCGUGGUCGAGGAGGGCCGAUGGGCCGUGGGGGAUUCGGAGGGGGAAGAGAUGCUGGUGGUUUUCCAGGCAACAAUGGUGGUGGCGGCAGCGGUGGCCAGCAAAGAGCAGGAGACUGGAAAUGUUCAAACCCAACUUGUGGUAAUAUGAACUUCUCGUGGCGAAAUGAGUGUAAUCAGUGCAAAGCUCCCAAACCGGAGGGAAGUGGAGGAGGAAUGCCACCGAUGGGAGGUGGUUUUGGUGGAGACCGGGGCAGAGGCGGUUUCGAUCGAGGUGGUUUCCGUGGCCGUGGUGGCGAUCGAGGGGGCUUCAGAGGAGGGAGGGGAGGUGACCGCGGAGGAUUUGGAUCUGGCAAGAUGGACUCAAGGGGUGAACACCGACACGACCGCAGAGACCGGCCUUACUAAUGGGAGCAAUUCUCUUUUGACUUUAAUUCGAUGUGGGACCAGUAUUCACUCCACUUCAACAUGUAUUACCUUGUUGCUCAUGUUUUGUGUUGUAUGUUGACAAAAAAGUGUUUUUGUUUUAGUUCCGGUAAUAUGAUUUUUUUUUUUUUGUGUUCUCUCUAUUCUGAUAUUCUUGAUCAGUAAUUUUGUUUUUUCUCUCUGAAUUCGCUGGUGUUUAAAUCACAGUUGUAAUAUUUGUGCAGUUUAUUAAAUGUACUUCCUUUGAA